UUAGAACUAUUUCUAUUUAUUCACUCUUGUCCUUCAGAAAGACACUGUCACAGUCCCAAGGGUCCUGGCUUCCAACCCCUUGGGAGCACAAAAUCAGAUCAGCCUUAGACAGAAACAUAUUGAGAUCCAUCUCCAUUCCCAGUUUGGGAGCCCUUGUGAUGGACCAACUAGGAAUCCCUGUCCUCCAUAUUCUCCUGGGCUUGGCUUGUGCGCAGCUGGGAGCAGCCCAACAGAGAGAUUGUGGCAACUGCUACCAGCUCAGUCCAGGUGCCAUUGCUGGUGUAGUGCUGGGAGAUCUGCUCCUGACUUUGCUGAUCGCCUUGGCAGUGUACUACGUGGCCAGCUGCAUCUAUCAACGGCAGUCAGCAGCCAGCAGUGACAUAAAGAAGAGUCAACAUGAGUCCCACUAUGAGGAACUUCAAGGGCACAGACUGGAUGUUUACAGUGACAUAAGGCGACCUGCAGCCACCUUCAAAUAGUCUUCCCUCCUUUCCACCCCUCUUUUGUCCUUCAAAGUCAAAGCUUUGAAAUACAAGCUUUCUACUC